GACACGGGGCGAGCCUUUCGACUCAGUUUUAACGCGCGUUUUAUGAAACGACAACUAUGCGUCGAUGUUCGCUCUCCGAUAAUAAUUAUUCAUAUCGGGACCGCUCCUAGCGACCGAAAUAGCGCGUAAACAAUUACAACUUUACAUUUUUGCAUCGUUUGUUGAGUUUAUUUUUUUAUUUAUUUUUUUUGCGAGUGUCCCGGCCGGCGCGCCUUGUCUCCGCGAAUCUUAAUAGCGGUUAAUCAUAGUUUAUUUUUACCGCGCAACGUGUGUUAAUAAUUGUGUUGGGGCCGCCUGUUUCUUUUAUUUAGCUAUCGUGUUUGAUUGAAUCGCAAAUUGCGGAAGCGUUUUAGCAAAAAACACUAACGUGGACUGUGAAAACGAGAUCGUUCAACAAUUAUACUUUCAAAUGUGUGUAUGGUAAUACUUUUGACAGUUCUAAAUUUAAACGGCACGUUUUUUGAGUUUUGAAAUUUGAAUUUGCGCUUUGGCGGGAACGGUGGGUGCUAACGAAGUAGGCUGCACAGAAAGUUUGGAAAAGUGUUGUGCACACAUCGGAUGCUGGCAAGUGUUUUUUCAACGCGUUUUCGAGGCUAAGCGCUAGUUGUUUGAACAAGUGUGUUUUCUAAUGGAUUUAUUUUGAGAUUGUAUUCAAAACAAUCGAAGCGGCCGCCUUCAGUCGUCGCAGCGCGAGGUGUGCCGCAGGGUGCGUUCAUAGGCCCUAUAUUAUAAACUGUUGCAAACUUUUGUCGAUGAAAAGGAUCAGAUGAUCGAGUGCUAGUGUUUUAAAAUCGGAAAGAUUAGUGAAAUCUGGAUGUGUCUCCAACGGGACGAAGAGGAUGUCGACUACAUAGAUGACUCGAGACCAAUGGUGCAGCUACAUUUACUGGGUCCGGAGCCGGCAUUGAACUCAAACUCUGGUGGCGCCGCGAAGCCACCGCUACUCAACUCAUUCGAGCUGGACCGGUGUCUUGACCGAGAGGAGUCCGGCAGGUGGGGCGGCGAGGCGGCGCGGCGGCGCCGGCGCACCUCGCCCCCGCGCCGCGCCUCACCCCCUCGGGACCAUGAGCCCCUCUCGCUCGCACGGGCAUCAGCUCCUACUUCUCCCACCGGUGGUUCGGCCCACUCCAGCCCGGCCCCAGUCUCCCCCGCCGGCAGUGGGGGAGCAGCCGCCAGCGGGGCCCGCUCUCCCCUCCCGCUGGUCGCGCCAGACCUCCUCGCGAUGCAGUUGCUGGACCAGCACACCCAGCUGCAGGCUCUGAUGAAGCAGCGCUUGUUCCAUCAGCAUCACAUGCAGAAACAGCACAUGUCAUCGGAGGCAGCCAAGAGGCAGCUGGAGCAGUCUCGUCUCCAGGACCAGAUAAACCUGAACUUGCUAUCACAGUCCCACCUUCCGCCGCCUGAUACUUCACCUGGCUCUCUGCAGCAGCAGCUGGGCGCGCAGCAGCAGCAGUUAGUACAGCAGCUGCAGGCGGUGCAGCGCCAGUACCUGAUGCAUGGCCCGCUUUCUGUGCCGCCUAAUGCCCCACCAGGUCUGAUGCUAUGGGGCGGCGAGGUUGAGGAGCACCCGCUCUUCGGGCGCGGGGUCUGCAAGUGGCCGGGGUGUGAUGCCCUGGCUGAGGACUACCAGGCUUUCCUCAAGCACCUGGAAGCGGCGCACACGCUGGACGACAGAUCAGCGGCGCAGGCUCGGGUUCAGAUGCAGGUGGUGGCUCAGUUGGAGCUCCAGCUGCGCCGCGAGCGCGACCGCCUCGCCGCCAUGAUGCGUCAUUUGCACGCUGCGCGCGACGCGCACCACGCCACCAAGCACGCGCACGGAGCAGCUAGUGAGGGUGCAUCUCCAGGACCCGUCAGGCGUCGUGUAUCAGACAAAUCUGGCGUCGCCAUUGCUGGGGAAAUCCAACGCAAUCGCGAGUUCUACAAGAGUGCAGACGUUCGGCCACCGUUCACUUACGCUUCUUUGAUUCGACAGGCUAUUAUUGAAUCUCCAGACAAGCAGCUGACGCUGAAUGAGAUCUACAACUGGUUCCAGACUACGUUCUGCUACUUCAGACGCAAUGCUGCGACCUGGAAGAAUGCGAUCCGGACGAACCUGUCUCUGCACAAAUGUUUCGUGCGCUACGAGGACGACUUCGGCUCUUUCUGGAUGGUGGACGACGCGGAGUUCGUGAAGCGCCGGCACCUGAGCCGCGGGCGUCCGCGCAAGUACGAGCCCGCGCCCAACGCCCCGCCUCCACAGUUCAUGGGAGCCCAAAGCCCACCAAUGAUGACUAGCCCCCACGGCUACAGUGAAGCUCUCAAACGGAAUCUUCAGGGUAUGAUGGAAGACUGCAACCUCUCAUACAUGUCAAACGAUGAUCACAUUAUGCAGACAGAUGACUAUCCGUCUUCUCACGAUGAUUACAACAGACCACCGAUGAUGAACGGCUAUGGCAGCAGCAGUUCGUCCCACGACGUGAAAGCCGAAGACCUGAGCGCCAGCGAGGCACAGGACAUCAAGCCCAACAUAUACGCUCUCAAAAACGAGAUGCAGGCUUCGGAUUAUUCUAAUAAAGGAGACUACGCAAACUCCACCAAGGAGUCCUCAAGCAACAGGUCCGGAGAGACCAGCCCCUACGACGACUACCCUCGCUCAGAGGACCGGUACCGCCCCUCGAUAUCCCACAUCAAGGACGAGGCCGAGAACUUGUCCCUCAACGAGCAAAGAUCUGACAAGUAAACCCUCAAUCACGCGUCGACCUGCAAGUGUUAUUGUGAUCGACAGAAGUGAAGCAAGUGAAUUUGUAACACUAAAGUGAUUUAGUGAUGUGAAUUAUUGUUCUGCUGACAUAAUGACGUUUCUUUGCGUUAGCGUUUAGCGAUAUAACAGUAUGUAAUACAGUUUAUAUUUACGGGUGUAGAUCUAUUUCAAGUUAUUAGCAUUGUGUUAUAGAUUGUAAUGUGUUCACUGUUGAAGUUUUUAUAAAAGUGGACGAUCUCGACGUGAGGAAUUGUAAGUUAGGAUUUACCAAAUAUUUUGUUUGCUUUUAAGUGAGCCCGGUUUUAACGGGAUACUGAAGUAUUAUAGGUUUUAUGUUCUUUUUCUAUUAUUUUUUUAUUCUUAAGUUUGGUAGCUGUGGACUUUUCAAAUACUUUUAGUGGUAGAGCAUAAGUGUUAGAAUUUUUAGAUGAAAACGAAUUAAGCCACACGAUUGGCAGUCAACGAUGAUUAACCUUUAAAGGUCCAUAUCAAUAUUUAAAAAUAUUUAAUCGUCAACUGUAAAUUAAAAAUAGAACAAUAAGUAGUUGUAUUUGGCUAUAAUAUGAAGUUGUAAGUGAAGUCUUAGUGAAAUAUACGCGUAGCGUUCAGUUGUUUUCACUUGUCUGCUUCGAUUUAAAAAUAUUUUUUAAUAAAUCUACUUAUUUUUUAGGUUUUUUUAAAUGGUCUAAGAAUAUUAUGUUAAAAUUAAAUAUUUGCGAUAAGACCGAUUGAAUUCUUUUGGUUUUCAUCAUUUAUUUUGCGAUGGUUUGUGACUGUUAUUUACAAUGAUCUGAUGUUUUAUUUUUUAAUGCUUGUUAUAAAUUAAAUUGUAUUUUUGAUGAAUGAAGAGAGCGUGCCAUAUUCCGUGGCUGCGUUUAUUUUGUAUUUCUUCUUUGAAUUCCAUGGAAUUGCUUUUUAUUUUGUUAGCGUAAGUUUUAGAAUGUAAAUAUUUAUCAUGAUAAUCAUGAAUUGUAAAUUCUUUAAACGGUAAAAUUAGACGCGUGUACACGUUUACUUAUUAUAACUAUUGCAUAUUAAAUCGUUCAUGUUGUAGAAAAUUUAGAAAAAAUACUUAGUAGUAAAAACUUUCACUGUACCUACGUAAAGUUUUUCGAAAUUUCUUUUUUACGAAAAUAAACUCUUGCAUUUCUAAACUACUGCAUUUAUGAAGUAAUAAUAAUGAAUAAUACAUAAAAGUUUGGUUGAAUAUUCUGAUAUAAAGUACGAGUAAUUAAAGUUAAAUUAAGAGGGUGAACCUAAUCAUAUCACAAGUAUGUAUGUAUAUCUGUAACACUAGUAUAUGAUCGAUAAAUUAAACGUAUACCUGACUUGCAGUAACAAUAAA